AUGGCCGAACAAUGUAAUAGUAGAGGUGUGCCUGGGGAAAUUGAUUUGAAUGUUCUUCCAACAUUAGAAGCUACAAAUGAAGUUGAUGACAUAACCGAGAAAGUUAAUACACAUGUGAGCCAGAAAAAAACCUCACAAAUGAGCAAAGUCCAACGCAUUUGGCAACAAGGAAAAGAAAAUGAAGUAUUGGAUAACACUAAUGUGUUUAGCAAAAAGGCACUCAAUUGCGGGCGCAAGCGUCAUCAAAUUGACGUCAAUCAAUUUCAAAAUAUUCCAUUACGAAGAAGGACGACAUUGAGGUCUUUAUCUGCUACCACAAAUUUGUCAGUGACAACGUUGUUUAGGCGGUUAAAAGAGGGCUCCAUACGUCGUCAUUCAAAUUCUAUAAAACCUUUAUUAAAUGUGGAAAACAUGAAAGCUAGAAUACGCUUUUGUUUAUCGAUGAUUGAACAUGGCAACAACCCCAAUUGUUUGAGGUUUGUAACCAUGGAAAAUAUUAUUCAUGUUGAUGAGAAGUGGUUCUACAAGACAAAGCAGUCAGAGAAGUAUUACCUCCUUCUUGACGAAGACAAGCCUUUACGCACAUUGACACGCCCAAGGUUUGAUGAAUCAGGGAAUGAAUUAUUUUCUGAAAAAAUCGGGGUAUUUCCUUUCAUAAAUAAAGAACCUGCAAGGAGGAGUAGUAAAAAUCGUUCUGCCGGAACCAUGGAGACUAAAACAAUCAAUUCUAUCAAUAAAGAAAUUUAUCAAUCUUACAUAGUUGAGAAACUGUUGCUGGCUAUCUGA